UAAAAAGCUGAGACCAAAAAAAGGAAAAAAAAGAGAGAGGAGAGAGAGAGAGAAGGUUUUUGCAGAGAGGUUAUUGAAUUGCUCGCAGUUCAAAAUCGUUUCCGGGUUAUCGGAUUUCGGAUCUGCCACCCAUUUCUACGACACCUCCCUUCUUUUGGGCUUCCCCAAAAAAACAUCCUUUUUUUUUUCUUUUUGGUUUUAAGUUAGAUUUUGUUGUUCAUUUUGAUUUUGGUGGAAGUGUUAUAAUCAUGGCGGGGAUCCCCUCUGAGGGGUUGGGGGAUGAUUUCUUCGAGCAGAUUCUGGCGGUGCCGCCGGCUUACGGCGGCGAUGUGGUGGCCAUGACCAUGCCGAUGGGGCUGCAACUCGGGUCCGGCGGCGGAGGGAUGGCGAUGCCGUUGGGGCUGAAUUUGGAGCAAGGCUUUUUGAGGCAGGAGAGGUUCAGAGAAGAGCUUGAUGCCCAAAAUAAUAAUAAUAAUGCUUCUUCUUCCUCCACUGCCUCUUCAGGAAUCACUGAGAGAGAUUCUUCGGUGCACCACAUGACAAGCCUGUUUCCGACCUUUGGACACUUGCAGACUCAAGCUCUCCGGCCACCGCCGCCGCCGCUACAUCUCCACCAGCCCUUCCACAACCAGAUGACUCCCGGGACCGUUGUUGCUGUACCGCAACCGCCUCAAGUCCGUCCAAGAGUUCGAGCAAGACGAGGGCAAGCGACUGAUCCUCACAGUAUUGCAGAAAGGUUGCGUCGGGAAAGAAUCGCAGAAAGAAUGAAGGCCUUGCAAGAGUUGGUUCCUAGCUGCAAUAAGUCUGAUAGAGCGGCAAUGCUGGAUGAAAUUGUGGAUUAUGUAAAGUUUCUUAGGCUUCAAGUUAAGGUUUUAAGCAUGAGCAGACUAGGCGGGGCAGGUGCGGUGGCUCAACUUGUGGCCGACGUACCCCUAUCAUCAGUUGAGGGAGAGGGCAUUGAGAGUGCCAGCAAUCAGCAAGCAUGGGAAAAGUGGUCAAGUGAUGGGACAGAGCAACAAGUAGCAAAAUUGAUGGAAGAAGAUGUGGGAGCUGCCAUGCAAUUCCUUCAGUCUAAAGCUCUAUGCAUCAUGCCCAUCUCAUUAGCCUCUGCAAUUUUCAGGACACACCAAGGGGAUCCACCCAUGAUAGUGAAGCCUGAAAUGAACACUCCUUAGGACCACCAACCGAUGACAUUUCAAGUUUCUCGUGCCUGCCCAUCUCGGGAUCAACCGUGCAUUUCCUCUCAAAGUUGGUUAACUGUCUCUAUCUGUCCUUAUUUACGAAUAUCACCGUAAUGUAAUCUAAUUUUUCCUAACUCCUGAUUCGAAGAGGCAUUCAAGUCAAUGCAACUGUUUGGUCUUACUUUCGAUUUUUGAAAUGAGCGGUCAUUGUCGAGCUUUAAAAAGAAAAAAAAGCUUGAAAGUAGUACUUGAUGUGCUUCUUCUUUGCCAAGGUCAAGUUUGAGGAUAGUGUUUUUCAAAAGCUCAAUUGAUGUCUCUCUUGUUGUAUCAAGGGUAAAUAUUUUGUGAUGGAAAAUGAAAAUCUUCCACUUUUUUUUUUC